AUGGGUCGUGUUCAGGAAGUGGGCUGGGUGACUGCAGGACUGAUGAUCUGGGCUGGUGCCUGCUACUGCAUAUACAGAUUAACCAAGGGAAGAGCCCAGAGUGUGAGGAGACUUGCCAGAAAUGGGUCCAGAGUCAAGAUGGAGACUGUGGUUGGGAUACAGAACCGGAACCUGGCCAUGUGUGAAACCAUGGUUGGGACAGAGAUUGAGACUAGACCCAAGCCCAAGACUGGAGCAGAAACUGGAGCAGGAGGUGGGGCUGGGGCUGAAGUAGAGACUAAGGCCACUAUAGCCAGAAGCAAAGCCAACUCUCAAGCCAAGGCAAUGGCUGAGGCAGAGACAGAGACCCAAUCUGAGGCCAAAACAGUGGCUGGAACAGUGGUCAUAACAGAGGCAGUGAUUCUGACUGAAGCCAAAGCCAGUGAAGUGGCCAUGAAGGAAGCAGUGACGCAAACUGACUCUGAGUCUGGGAGACUAGUCAAGAAAGAGGCAGUGACCCAGACCAAGGCUAAAGCUUGGGCACUUGGUGCUAGGGCAGAGACCAAGAAAGAAGCAAUGACCCAGACCAAAGCAGAAACUCGUAUAUUGGCUGAAAAAGAGACAGAAAUGAACAGAGUGAUGGUGACACAGCACGAGGCCUUGGCAGUGAUCAGGGAAGUGGCCAAGACGGGUACCAUAAAAAAGAUCGUAAGUGUGGCUGAGACCAAGGCGAGAGCCCUGGAAGAGACUUUGAGUGUGGCUAAGACUCAGUCUGAGGCUAGGUCUGGUACCUCAGUUGAUGCUAAGGGAAAUCUUAAUACCAUGUCCAGGGCAGAAGCUGGAGCAGACAUGAAGUCCUGUGCACUGUCUCAGGCUGUGGCCAAGAUCCAGGUUGACGAUGUGCUUGGUACUGGGGUUGAGGCCAAGGGGAGUUGCAAAACCGCGUCUCAGGCAGGGUCUGCGGCAGAUAUGAGGGCUUCUGCUCAGCCUCAGAUUGUAGCCAGGGCCCAGACUGAGGCCAUGCCUGGGGCAAUGGUUGAUGCUGGGGGUAGUACAAAUGCCAUGUGUGAGGCAGGGGUUGGGGCAGACACAGGUGCUUCUAUACAGUCUCAGACUGUGACCAAGAAACAGGCUGAGACAAUGUCUGGUGCCAGGGUUGAUGACAGGGGAAAUAACAAUGUCACAUCUAGGGCAAUGACUGGAGCUGACAUGAGGGCUGCUGCUCAGCCUUUGUCUGUAGCCAAUACUCAGGCUGAGGCUCUGCCUGAUGCCAGGGUUAAGGGUAGAGGCAGUCCUAAUGCUGUAUCUAAGGUGGGGGCUGGGACAGACACUGAGUCCUAUAUAGAGCCUAUGGCCAAUGUCCAGGUUGAUGCCUUGCCUGAUGACAGGAUUAAGGCUCAGGGUAAUGCCAACACCAAGUGUAAAGAAGAGCCUGGGACAGACACAAAGGCACAGUCUCAGACUUCCAAGACUUCCACCAAGAGCCAGGUUGAGGCUCUACCUACUACCAGAGGUAAAGCUAGGGGCAAAGCCAAAGGCAAGUGUAAGGCAAGGGUAGGAACAGACAUGAAAACCUGUGCACAGCCUCAAGCUGGGGUCAAGGCCCAAGCUGAUGUUUUCCCUGAUUCCAGGAUUGAUGGCAAGGGCGAUCCUGAUGCCAUUUCUGGGACAGGGGCUAAGGAAGAACUGAGGGCUUGUGGUCAGCCUCAGGAUAUGGCCAGUUUCCAGGGUGAGGCAUUGCCUGGUGCCAAGAAUAAGGUCCAGGACAAUCCCAAUGGUGUGUCUAAGUCAGGGGCUGGGCCAUAUACAAAGAGUACUGCACAGCCCCAGGCUGUGGCCAAUACCCAGGGGGAAGCCUUGCCUGGUGUCAAGAAUAAGGCUCGUGGCAAUCCCAGUGCUGUGUCUAAGGCAGGUGCUGGGCCAGAUGCAAAGGGCUCUGCCCAGCCUCAAACAGAUACAACAGGCUCUGCUCAGCCCCAUGCUGUGGCCAAUUCUCAGGGUGAGGCCUUGUGUGGUACUAAGAAUAAGGUCCGGGGCAAUCCCAACGCUGUGUCUAAAGCAGGGGCCGGGCUAGAUACAAAGAGCUCUGUCCAGCCCCAAGCUGUUGCCAGUUCCCAGGGUGAGGCCUUGCCUGGUGUCAAGAACAAAGUCCGGAGUAAUCCCAGUGCUGUGUCUAAGGCAGGGGCUGGGCCAGAUACCAAGGGCUCUGCCCAGCCUCAAACAGAUACAGCAGGAUCUUCUCAGUCUCAGGCUAUGGUCAGUUCUCAGGGUGAAGCCUCACCUGGUGCUAAGAAUAAGGUCUGGGGCAAUCUCAAUGCUGUGUCUAAAGCAGGGACUGGCAUGGAUACAAAGAGCUCUGCCCAGCCUCAGGCUGUGGCCAAUACCCAGGGUGAGGCCUUGUGUGGUCCUAAGAAAAAGGUCCGGGGCAAUCCCAAUGCUGUGUCUAAGGCAGGGGCUGGGACAGAUACAAAGGGCUCUGCUCAGCUUCAAACAGAUACAACAGGCUCUGCUCAGCCUCAGGCUGUGGCCAAUUCCCGGGGUGAAGCCUUGCCUGCUCCUAAGAAUAAGGUCCGGGGCAAUCCCAAUGCUGUGUCUAAAGCAGGGACCGGGCCAGAUACAACGUGCUCUGCUCAGCCUCAAACAGAUACAGCAAAUACUGUCCAACCCCAAGCAGUGGCCAAUUCUCAGGGUAAGGCCUUGCCUGGUGCCAAGAAUAAAGCCAGGGGUAAUCCUAAUGAUGUGUCCAAGGCAGAGGCUGGAGCAGAUACAAUGGACCCUGCUCAGCCCCAAGCUGAAUCUAAUUCCCAAAAUGAAGCCUUACCUGGUGCCAGAAAUAAGGUCCGGGCCAAUCCCAAUGCUGUGUCUAAGGUAGGGUCUGGACCAGAUACAAAGGGCUCUGCCCAGCCCCAGGCUGCAGCCAGGUCCCAGAGUGAGACCUUAUGUGGUACUAAGAAUAAGGUCCGGGGCAAUCCCAAUGCUGUGUCUAAGUUAGUACCUAAGCCAGAUUCAAAGGGCUCUCCUCAGUCCCAGGCUGCAGCCAAUUGCCUGGGUGAGGCCCUGUGUGGUUCUAAGAAUAAGGUCCGGGGCAAUCUCAGUGCUGUGUCUAAGGCAGGUGCUGGGCCAGAUACAACAGACUCUGCCCAGCUUCAAACAGAUACAACAGGUUCUACUCAGCCCCAGGCUGUGGCCAGUUCCCAGGGUGAGACCUUGCUUGGUGCCAGGAGUAAGGUCAGGAACAAUCCCAAUGUUAUGUCUAAAGCAGGGACUGGACCAGGUACAACAGGCUCUGCCCCACCCAAGGCUGUGGCCAAUUCCCAGGGUGAAGCCUUGCUUGGUGCCAGGAGUAAGGUGAGGGGCAAUCGUGUUGCUGAGUCUAAGGUAGAGGCUGGAGCAGGUACGAUGGAUUCUGGCCAGCGUCAGUCUGUAGCCCAUUCCCAGAGUAAGACCUUGUCUGGGGCAAAGGACAAGACUACGUGUAAGUCUGAGGCAGAAGCCACAGGAGAUGUCUCUGUAAAGCCCAAGGCUAAGGCAACACCCACUUCUGAGAGUGAGGGUGGGGCAGGCACUCAGGCCUGCAGAAAGUCUCAGCCUAAGGUCCAUGACUACUACUGGAAUGGGAUUGGUGUUGAGGACUGGAUUGCUUCUGAGCGAUGGAUCAAAUUUAGGUUUCAGGCUAGGGACGGAUACUGGGAGAAUAGCAUGUCCUGGGCUGAUGAUGAGAAUGAAGCCAAUGUUGAGUCCUGGAGUGCGGCUAGUGGUGAGAAUGAGGUUGGUAUUCAAUCCUGGGCUGGAGCUGGGGACCAGGCCAGUGGAGGGCUCUGGGCUGGGAGUCACACCAGUGAACAGCCUUGGGCUGGGGACAAGGCUGUUGGAGGGUCCUGGACCGUGGCUGAGAACCAGGCCAGUGGGGCUUCUUGGCCUGGCACUGGGAACCAGACUGUUGUGGUGCCAUGGACUGGAGCUCAGGCCAGUGAGAGUUCCUGGGCUGGGGGCCAGGCAAGUGGGGUAUCCUGGACUGGGGGAGAGGCCAUUGGAGUGUCCUGGACUAUGGUUGGGAACCAGGCUAAUGGAGGGUCCUGGGCUCAGGCUACGGCUGGGAAUGUGGUUAACAUUGGGUACUGGGCUGUGGCUGUGGACCAGGCUACUGGAGGGUCCUGGAUUCUGACUAGUGAUCUUUCAGGUGGUGCAUCCUGGGUUGGGACUAGUGAUCUGUCUGGUGGUGGAUCCAAACCUAGACUUGAGAGUCAGGUGAAUGAAAAUGUGUCCUGGGCUGGGGCUGGGCUGGGGCCUGAAAACCAGUCCAGUGGAAGGGCCUGGGCUGACACUGCAGACCAAGCCAGUGGAGGUGAAGGAUCCUUGGUUGGGGCUGUGGAUCAGGCCAGUGGGGGUUCCUGGACUAGGACUGGUGAUCAGUCUGGUGGUGGGUCCAAGCCUGGAUUUGAGGAUCAGGUCCGUGAAGAAGGGUCUUUGGCUGGUGCUGGUGGCCAGGCUGGUGGAGGGUCUAGGUCGGGGCCUGAGGACCAGUCCAGUGGAGGGUCCUGGGCCGACUCUGGGAACCAAGCCAGAGAAGGAUUCUUGGUUGGGGCUGUGGAUCAGGCCAAUGAAGGGUCCUGGGUUGGACCUGAGCAUCAGGCUGGUGGUGAGGCAAAGCCUAGAUAUGAGGAUCAGGCCAAAUCUGGAAGAGUGUCUUGGGCUGACACUGGGGGCCACGCUAGUGGAGCGUCUACACUGGGGCCCAGGGACCAGUCCGUUGGAGAUUCCUGGGCUGGCACUGGGGACCAGACCAGUGGAGGAUCCAGGCUGGUGCCUGAGGAUCAGUCCACUGGAUGGUUCUAUGCUUGUAGUGGGAGUCAGGCCAAUGCAGGAGGGUCCUGGGGUGGGGCUAGUGGCCAGGGUGUUGGAGGGCCUGGGCUUGGGCCCAUGAACCAGUCCAGUGGUGGGUCCUGGGCUGACACUGGGAGUCAGGUCAGUGGAGGGUCUUGGGCUGGGGCUGGGGAUCAGGCCAGUAGCUGUUCCAAACCUGGAUUUGAGAAUCAGGCCAGUGGAGGAGCUUUCUGGUCUGGUGCUCAGGACCAGGCCAUUGGAGGGUCUAGUCCAGGGCUUGCAGACCAGCCCAGUAGUGGGUCCUGGGCUGGCACUGGGAGUUCAGCCAGUGGAACAUCCUGGAUUUUGGCUGGGGAUCAAGCUGGUAGCUGUUCCAAAUCUGGAUUUGAAGAUCAGGCCAGUGGAGGAAGCUCCUGGGCUGGCACUGGGGAUCAGACUUGUGGAAAAUCCUGGGCUGGGUCUAAGCCUGGGAAUGAGGCCAGUAGAGGGUCUAGCCUGGGGCCUGAAGAGCAGGCAAGUGGAGGGUCCUGGGCUAGGCCUGGAGACCAGACCAGUAGAAGGUCUCAGGUGAGUGCUGGGAUGGAGGCCAGUGAAGGAUCCUGGUUUGGGGCUGGGAGUGAGGCUAGUACAGGGUCUUGGUUCUGGAGAGGGGAAAAAGCUGGUAUUGUGUCUAGUUCUGGAUGUAAAAACGAGGCCAGUAUUGAAUCCAGCUCAGCAGUUGAGGAAGAGGCUAUCAUUAGUUCUAGAUUUGGGGCUGAGAACAGGAGCAGUCUGGGGUCCUGGAUUAGAUCUGAUGAGGCUGCCUGUAUGGAUUCCUGUGUAGGUGCUGAGGCUGGGGCUGGGGUUGGGGCUGAGGUCAGGCAAGAGUCUUGGCUCUGGGAUGGAGAUGCAGCCACUACAGGGUCUAGGCUUGGGGCUGGGCAAGAGGCUGGCAUGGGGUCCUGGACUUUGGCUGGGGAUGUAGAUGAGGAUGAGCUAAGUAGAACAUCCAGCCCUGAUAUUGAGGAGAUCAGUUUAAGGUCCUUGUUUUGGGCUGAGAGUGAAAACAGUAAUGCAUUCAGAUCCAAGCAUGAGAAGGGUAUCAAUUUUGAGUGUGGGGCUGGAGAUAAAGCCAGUAGCAAGGAUAAGCUUGAGGCUGCUGGUGGAGUCAAGGUAAAGUCGUGUUUCCGGGAUGGUAAUGAAAACAGAAGUGAGGACAAAUCUGUACCUAAGACUAAAACCAAAAAGUCAGCUGAGUCAAAAGUCACAUAUCCAUCCAUGGUCCCUGGGGCAGGAAUGGGGUCAUGGGCAGGAGCCAUGAUCUGGACGGAAAUGAAAUUUCCAUACCAAAAUGAGUCCUGCUUCCCACCUGAAAAUGAUCUCAGAAAGCAGAUCAGGUCUGGGGAGAAAACUCAGCCCUGGGCCUGCCGCUGUAAACGCGAAACUAAUAUGGAUCCACGAGAGCUUGAAAAACUCAUUUGCAUGAUUGAGAUGACUGAAGAUCCUUCUAUUCAUGAAAUAGCCAAUAAUGCUCUAUAUAACUGUCGUGAUUACCCAUUUUCCCAUGAAGUCAUUCGUAAUGCAGGUAGAAUCUCAAUUAUUGAAGGCUUGCUCAAUAAUCCCUACCCCAGCGUUAGGCAGAAGGCUCUGAAUGCACUGAAUAACAUCUCGGUGGCUGCUGAAAAUCAUAGGAAGGUUAAAACAUACUUAAACCAAGUAUGUGAAGACACCAUCACCUAUCCCUUGAAUUCAAAUGUGCAGCUGGCUGGACUGAGAUUGAUAAAGCACCUGACUAUUAUUAGUGAAUAUCAGCAUAUGGUUACAAAUUACAUUUCAGAAUUUCUUCGUUUGUUAACUGUGGGAAGUGGAGAAACUAAAGACCAUAUUUUGGGAAUGCUUUUAAAUUUCUCUAAAAACCCAUCUAUGACAAAAGACUUGCUCAUUGCCAAUGCACCAGCAUCACUGAUUAAUAUCUUUAGCAAGAAAGAGACAAAGGAAAAUAUUCUUAAUGCUCUUUCACUAUUUGAAAAUAUAAAUUACCAUUUUAAAAGAAGAGCAAAAGUAUUUACCCAGGACAAGUUCAGUAAAAAUUCCCUUUAUUUUGUAUUCCAACGACCUAAAGCAUGUGCCAAGAAACUUCGAGUCUUAGCAGCAGAAUACAAUGACCCUGAGGUGAAAGAACGAGUUGAACUAUUAUUAAGUAAACUCUGAUUAGUUGUAAUUUUCUGAACAAAUUUGAGUAAUCUUUUGGUUUUGCAGCCUGAAAGUAAUGCACAUUGUAAUUUACAUUAUAACUUCUAAAGUGAUGUUGCUUAUAAUGGUUGAUAGCUGGACCAUUUUAUGAACACCAAAUGAAUUCAAUCUUGUACUGAAAAUACAUAUGUUGAUUUUUACCUUGUCUGGAUUGAGAUAUUUUUGGUAUGCUUC